GAAUCUCAACGCAAAAUGACGCAAGACGCAUUGCCCACCGCCCCCUGUUCGAGUUUAUUCACGAUAAGAACAGAAGAAAUUGAUUGGAAACAGAACGAGAACAAACGCAUCACUUUCUUGGAUAAUUAUGAUUGCAAUGAGGAGUCCCAGAAAUUAGGAGGCCUCUCACGACGAUCGAAGAGGAGAAGGGAGAGGUCUGAGUCGAACCCUAAUCCUUCGAUCGAGAUGCUUUUCCAGGUGGGCGGACAGGGGGCGCGGCCGACCUUCUUCGAGAUGGCAGCGGCGCAGCAGCUCCCGGCUAGCCUCCGGGCUGCCCUCACAUACUCCCUGGGGGUGUUUGCUUUAAGAAGACCAUACCUUCACAAGGUGUUAGAUUAUGAUGAUGAAUUCUUUUCCUUGUUGAUGUUGGUGCUGGAAACUCAUAGUUUACGCACAACAGAUGCUUCUUUUUCAGAGUCCUUGUAUGGUCUCAGAAGGAGGUCUGUGAAUAUAACACCAAGUAAACAUACUUCUGACAUGGAAUCAAAUGAUAGGAUCCGUCAUUCUGGAUUAAAGAAGCGCCAAAAAGUUCUCUCGGUUGCAUUUCUGGUCAUUUUGCCAUAUGUCAAAUCAAAACUGCAUGCCAUUUACAAUCAACAAAGGGAAGCAAGGCUUCAAGCAAGUCUUUGGGGCCAUGAUGAUGUCAGAUUGGAUGAUGCAGACUUUCUCUUGGAUCAAGGAGAGAUUUCUCAUGGUCAAAUCCAGGCUUCAAGUGAAGCAGGAUCUAUUGCGCUGGAUCUUAAAAGGAAAAUUAAAACAAUUAUAGGUGCUUGCUACCCAUGGAUCCAUGCAACCAAUGAAGGUCUGUCUUUUGCUUACCAGUUAUUAUAUCUUCUGGAUGCCACUGGGUUCUAUGGUCCAGGACUACAUGCCCUUGGGGUUCAUGUGUGCCGUGCCACAGGGCAAGAACUGAUGGAUUCAUCUUCUAGAAUUUCAAAGAUCAGAAGUCGUGAACGUGAGAGACUACGUGGUCCUUCAUGGUUGAAGGCAAUUCAGAGAGUGUUGCUUAGCUGCCUAUACACCACUUUGGAUUAUGCCCAAACUGGACUAAUAGCUGCUGUUUUCUUCUUUAAAAUGAUGGAAUGGUGGUACCAAUCUGCGGAAGAAAGAAUGUCAGCUCCAACAGUGUACCCUCCACCCCCACCUCCACCUCCCCCAAAGGCAGCGAGAGAUGGGAUUCCGUUACCACAGGACAGGACACUGUGCCCUCUGUGUUCCCAGAAACGGAUGAAUCCAUCAGUUGUUACUGUUUCUGGUUUUGUUUUCUGCUAUUCUUGCAUAUUUAAAUAUGUUUCACAGUAUAAGAGAUGCCCAAUCACGUUGAUGCCUGCUACAGUUGAACACAUUAGGAGGCUCUUUCAUGACUUAUAAUUAAGAGGACCUGAAGCAUGUCAAGAAUGUUAUUUCCAGUGUGAAGGAACAUGCGCUAAAGCUGGAGAAAAGGAUUAAUUGCUGUUCCUUCCCAGCACAAGGUGGGAGCCUUAGCUGCAAUUCUUAAGGCUAUCAUUCAUCAUAGAUAUGUUCCUGCAGCUAUGAAUUUUUUUUUUCCUUCUUCCAGGGCUGCUCCUAGAAUCUUCUUAGUCCUCGUGUGUUAUGUCUUGAUUGGUUGAAGAUGAUUCACAAUAUAAUCAUAUGUAUAUUCAGAUAGAAAAUUGAUGUAAUCAACACUGGUUACAUGUGCGACGUUCUGUUUCU